CACAAAUCAACAUCCAGCAUCCCCUCCCAGCCCCCCAACAAGCAAGACAAGGCCGCCCUCCUCCAAGCCCGCAAACUCAAGUCCUUCACCACCCACUCGCACUCCUCCCCCUUCCCGUCCUUCCCCCAUCCAACACCCACAGAAUGCUCCCUCGCCCACCGCAUCCUCUCCUCCCUCCACGGCGAGCGAAAGCGCCCCGAAGCCAUUGUCGCGCCGACAUCCGUCGCCGGCUGCGGAAACUCGCCCUCCGUGCUAGACGCCCUCGUCCGGACGAUUCUCUCGCAAAACACCAGCGACAGGAACAGUUCGCGUGCGAAACGCGCCAUGGACGAGACGUACGGUGGUAGCGACAAUUGGGCUUCCAUCGUAGAGGGUGGGACGGAGAAAUUGCAGCGGACGAUCCAUUCGGGAGGACUGAGCGUCGUCAAGAGCAGAGUCAUCAUGGACAUUUUACACCAGACCAAGGCCCGGUAUGGCAAGUAUUCGCUGGAUCACCUGCUCGACGCCUCCGACGACGAGGCCAUGCGCGAACUGCUGUCUUUCCAGGGCGUGGGCCCCAAGACGGCGAGCUGCGUCCUCUUGUUCUGUCUGCGGCGGGAUAGCUUCGCGGUGGACACGCAUGUGUACAGAAUCUCGUCCCUGCUGGGCUGGAUCCCUCCUUCUGCUACGAGGGAGCAGGCGCAGGCGCAUCUGGAAGCGAGGGUGCCGGACGAGGACAAGUACGGGCUUCAUAUCCUCAUGGUCACGCAUGGGAAGAGGUGUGCUGAGUGUAAGGCUAGGGGGAAGAAUGCUGGCAAGUGUGCUUUGCGGAGGGCGUUUCGA